AAUGAUGAUGAUGACGAUGAUGUUGAAGAUGAUGAUGAUGAUGAUGAUGAUGAUGAUGAUGAUGAUGAUGAUGAUGAUGAUGAUGAUGAUGAAGAUGAUGAUGAAAAUGAAAAUGAUGACGAGGACGACUACGAAAAAAAUGACGACAACGACGAUGGUGAUGCUGCUGCUGUUGAUUAUGAAAAUGAUGACGAGGACGACAACGAAGAUGAUAACGACAACGACGACAACGUUGUUGAUGAUGAUGAUGAUGAUGAUGAUGAUGAUGAUGAUGAUGAUGAUGAUGAUGAUGAUGAUGAUGAUGAUGAUGAUGAUGAUGAUGAUGAUGAUGAUGAUGAUGAUGAUGGUGAUGUUGAUGAUGAUGAUGAUGAUGAUGAUGAUGAUGAUGAUGAUGAUGAUAAUGACGACGACGAUGAUGACGAAAAUGACGAUAAUGACGAAAAUGAUGAGGGCAACGGCGACAACGAUGAUGACGAAGACGACAACGAUGAUGUUGACGACAAAAACGACGACGACGUUGUUGAUGAUGAUCAUUUUAACGCUGAUUAUUAUGAUUAUGAUCUUGAUGACGACGACGACGACGAUUAUGAGUAUUAGGUUGCAUUCACUGCUACAGCUUUACUGUGACUUCCUUGCUUUUAUUAUAUGCUUCAAUUAUGUUUAAAUUAUUGAUAGAAAAGAUUUUAUAAAGUAAUUUAAGGGUAAAUCUGAGAUCAGCUACUUUUCUUUUACCGAUUUAAAGUUUGAUGUUUUAGUUA